CCCCAUUUGCUAAGUACUCAGAGCAAGUCUGCUCUCGUUUCAGACCAGAAAGAACCAGAGCCCACUAGGCUUCCCCCUAUUAUCUCAGAAGAUGGGAAUCAUUCCGUGCACCAGAAUAGCCACACAAGGUACCAGGAAGCUGUACGGAAGGUGUUGUUAAAGACAUUCCCCAAUCAGGUCUUCAGAGUCCCCCUGACUGAUGCUCAGAACUUCAGCUUCUGGCGGUCCCACAGUCCAGGAGUGCGCCCAGAGGACACCAUGCCAUGGAUCCGGAGCCCCCGCCACUGCCUCAUCAGAAGCCCAAUGACCAGGUUAGGCUGGAAGGGUGAGGGUGGGGAGAUCAAGGGAAGUAUUACUCCUUCCCCUCACUGAAAUCCUUGGGAGACUCUUGCAUUUCUAGUCAGAGUUGGGAAAUGGAAUAGGAAGUUUUGGUCUUACCAGGGACAACUGGCCCCAGAAUCUGGGCAGUGCUGGCAUUCAAAGGAACUAAAGAUUGGUCUGUGUCUUUGCGUUUUGCCUUACGGAUAUGACUUCUGAAUAGACACAAGGAUCUACAGCACUCCUGUGGGAGGCCCGGGGUGUUUCAGCUCGCACCCCUCUAACCACCAUCCAUUGGCAGGAGCCCCACUUCUUCAUCACCACCUCUGCCCAUUCUAGGCUUGAGCACCCCCGCCCCCAUCCAGCCUAACCUGGCUGAAUCUGAGACCCUACCUCUCUUUUCCAGGUUUAUAGAUCACUCUAUUCUCAAUGACAGAAACUUCAGUCUAUAUUGAGCAGGAUGUGUUUGCAGAAGAACAAGAUAAACUCUGGAUGGAGGGCAAAGAGGGAAAGAGGGAGGUGUGCUGGUUCCAAUGGCUGCCUAAUGGGAGGAGGGGAUUGAGAACACGGAAUAAACAGAUUGGACUAGAA